AUGCUUUCCAGAACAGCACGGCUACGAGUGCUCAACCGGCCCAGUGCGGCAUCUGUCACUAUCAUUCGAAGCUAUGCGGUCCCCGUCAAUCCCUCCAGCUCGGUCGAUGCGCUCCUCGGCACCUCGGUACCCCCACCUCCAAGAGAAGGCCAAGAGUACGGUUCACCAGCUGGCACCUAUAGCACACCUCCUCGAUUCGGCGCCAAGAACCCGAACGACAUCUCUGACCUUCUCCGCGGGCACCGACCACGCGACCCUACCAGCGGACGAUCCAACAAUGGCAGCGGCAGCACCAGCUCUCGCAACGCCAGCCUAGCCGACCUCCAACGCAUCAAAGGAACAGCCAUCGGCGCCGAGCGUCGCGGCAUUCCCAUCCCCUCGCGGGACGAGAUGCUGGAAGAGAUGUUCAAGCGGCCCAUGCGCGAGCUCGAGGAUCGACGAGGUGUGGUGGAUCGAGAGCACCCGCAUCCGAUUGAUGCGCUGUAUGGGCGAAACGAGCUGGAUGAACGGGUGCUGGCCGCAGCUCGUGCGCUCCAUGCUGCUUCGAAUCACCCACGGCAUGCGGAUGUCAAGAAUACGUAUAAGACAGCAACUCUCUCGCACCUUUUGGAAAGAUUCGAGUCGAGAUCGGGCUACCAGCUGUCGAUCGAGCUCCCCUACGAGCCCACACCCGCAGACCACCGCAAAGUGCCGCUCACUUCAGCACACAGUUCGGAGGCCGAGCUGCAAGAGGCCAACGACGAUGGCGUGCUGCUUCUCGCUUACGUCUCCAACCUGACUGGUGCCCGAGGCACAGAACGCAUCAGUGUCUCCUCUGGCUUCGCUGUUGAAGGCGGGGACAAGAUCUCAGUCGAGGAUGGGGAUGGCAAGGGACCACUGGUUGUCACUUGCGCACACACACUACGUGCUUCUCUGCCAUCAAAGGGCACAACGGACGGCAAAACUUCGUCUGAAGGUAGCAACUCGAGCGGCGAAAGGGACAGCAUCGCACUCGCCAUCACCCGCACAGGCGCGAUCUACCCCGUGCGAAACCUCAUUAGCAGCCUUCCCACUUCGGACGUCAUCCUCCUGCAACUCGGUACCAUGCCUCUUUCCCUCAACGGUACUACUGAGACAACUGCGCCACUCCGUACGCUCCCCGUAUCGCCCUACCCGGCGCACGUCAACUCGGAGCUCUCCGUGUCCUCCUUCUGGGGCUGGGAGGACGAUUCCGGAGCCAUCCUUCCCGCGUACACCGUCAACCCUGAUGGACAGUCCCUCGACGUGUCACCCACCGUGUCGCCGGCAGGCCGCUCAAAAGACGCAGUCAAGCUGGAACGGGACGACGCCGGCCGUAGCCGCUGGGGGCGCGCCCGCCUGGUGGAGUACAAAGAUCCCUGUGGCGCAUCCGCCAUGGUGGGCACAUACGACGAACUAGCUCAGCUCGACUACAAGCUUCUCGUCUCGUCACCCGCCAACCCGCCCGCUCUACAGGGCGACUACGCACUGCGCCUCUCAAGCACCGUCACCGAAGCAACGCGCCUGGGAUCGGGCGGUGAAGCCACAGAGAGAGGGAGGGAGGUGGUGCAGAGUCGAACGCGGAAGCCGUUGCCCAAUUUCCCACCACCCGGUUCGAGCGGCGGACCGGUGGUGGAUGUUGAGAGUGGGAGCGUGGUCGGGGUGGUUCGGGGACACAAGAUGAGCGCGUUGGAGGGGAGGAGGGGCGAUGCGGUGCCGGCAGAGAAGGUGUUUGAGUUUUUUGCGCUGCCUGGGCUGGGAAGGAAGAAUUGA